AUGUCUGUUGUUCCGUUUUUGAUUGGUGUUGCCGGUGGUCCGUGUUCUGGCAAAUCAACUGUAUGUCAAAAAAUAGUUGAAGACCUUCAAUCGACUGCUGGCUUUGAUCAAGCAAGUCCUGUUAGUGUGAUACCAAUGGAAAAUUUUUAUAAACCUAAAACAGUCGAACAACGUGAUAUGGCUUUGAAAGGAAAUUACAAUCUUGACCAUCCGGAUGCUUUCGAUGAAAAACUUCUAUAUCAAACAUUGUUAGAUCUGCUUGCCGGUAAAACUGUGAAAAUUGCUCAGUAUAAUACAGGAAAAUAUGAACAUGUAGAAGGAGUUAUGGAUACAAUUGAACCGGUACCAGUUAUUAUAGUUGAAGGAAUUUUAAUUUUUUAUUUUCCAGAAAUUCGAAACCUAUUUCAAAUGAAACUAUUCGUUGAUACCGAUGCUGAUACUCGUUUAGCACGUCGUGUAUUACGUGACAUGAAGCAGCAUGGCAGAAAUUUGGAACAUGUUUUAACUGGCUAUACCAAUUAUGUUAAACCAUCAUUUGAAGAUUUUUGUUUACCAACAAAAAAAUAUGCCGAUGUUAUUAUUCCACGUGGAGCUGAUAAUCAUGUUGCUGUUGAUUUGAUUGUUCAACAUAUAAAAGAUUUUCUUAAAUCUAAACCAAAAAAGAGUGGUAGUCAACCGACAGCUGACCACAAUGCAAGAGCAAGACCACAUUAG